GCUGGUUUUCACCAUGAAUUUUGAAGGUCUCGACCCCUCCCUUGCUGAGUAUGCUCCCCCGCUCCACCCCACGCUGGACCCCGUCCUGGACCCCCAUCUCAACCCCAGCUUGCUGCAGAACGUGGAGCUGGAUGCCGAGGGGGUGCCGUUAGAGGGUAUCGCGGUGCCGGAGUCGGUGCACCUCAUGGAGGGCAUGUACAGCGAGCUGCACACCGCCGUCUCUGAAGUGGGGGUGCCCGUCUCCGUCUCCCAUUUCGACCUGCACGAAGAGAUGCUGUGGGUUGGGAACCAUGGGGGCCACGCCACCUCUUUCUUCGGCCCAACGCUGGAGCGAUACUCCUCCUUCCAAGUGAACAGCAGCGACGACAUCCGCCAGAUCCAGAGCCUGGAGAAUGGUGUCCUUUUCCUCACCAAAACCAACCUGAAGUACAUGUCCCGAGGGGGCCUCAUCAUUUUUGACUACCUCAUGGACGAGUCCGAGGACAUGCACAGCCUCCUGCUGACGGACAGCAGCACGCUGCUCGUUGGCGGGCUGCAGAACCACGUCAUUGAGAUAGACCUCAACACUGUCCAGGAGACGCAGAAGUACACCGUGGAGGUUCCCGGCAUCACCAUCAUGAGGCAAUCAAACCGCUUCUUUUUCUGUGGGCACACCUCGGGGAAGGUCUCCCUGCGGGAUCUGCGCACGUUUGUGGUGGAGCACGAAUUCGAUGCGUACUCGGGAAGCUUGUCUGAUUUUGACGUCCACGGGAACCUGCUGGUGACCUGCGGCUUCUCCAGCCGAAUGAACGGCCUUGCCUGCGACCGCUUCCUGAAGGUGUAUGACCUGCGCAUGAUGCGGGCCACCACCCCGCUGCAGGUCCACAUCGACCCCUUCUUCCUCCGCUUCAUCCCCACCUACACCUCCCGCCUGGCCAUCAUCUCCCAGACAGGUCAGUGCCAGUUCUGCGAGCCCACCGGCCUCGCCAACCCCGCUGACAUCUUCCACGUGAACACCGUUGGGCCCCUGAUCAUGACCUUCGACGUCUCGGCCAGCAAGCAGGCCCUGGCCUUCGGCGACUCGGAGGGGUGCGUCCACCUCUGGGCCGACUCCCCGGAGGUCACCUUCAACGCUUACUCCCGGGAGACCGACUUUGCCUUGCCCUGCAUCGUGGACACGCUGCCCCACUUGGACUGGAACCAGGACCUCGUGCCGCUCUCGCUCAUCCCUGUGCCGCUGACCAGCGACACCCUGCUCUCCGACUGGCCCGCUGCCAACUCUGCCCCGGCACCCCGGCGAGCCCCCCCAGUAGAUCCUGAGAUUUUGCGCACCAUGAAGAAAGUGGGGUUCAUCGGCUACGCCCCAAACCCAAGGACCAAGCUCCGCAACCAGAUUCCCUAUCGGUUAAAAGAGACAGACAACGAGUUUGACAACUUCAGCCAAGUCCCCGAGUCCCCUAUUGGGCGGGAAGAGGAGCCACACCUCUACAUGGUGGCCAAGAAGUACAGGAAGGUCACCAUCAAAUACUCCAAGCUGGGGCUGGAAGACUUUGACUUCAAGCAUUACAACAAGACGCUGUUUGCGGGCCUGGAGCCCCAUAUCCCCAACGCCUACUGCAACUGCAUGAUCCAGGUGCUGUAUUUCUUGGAGCCGGUCCGCUGCCUGGUCCAGAACCACCUGUGCCAGAAGGAGUUCUGCCUGGGCUGUGAGCUGGGCUUGCUCUUCCACAUGCUGGACCUGUCCCGAGGAGACCCCUGCCAGGGAAGCAACUUUUUGCGGGCUUUCCGUACAAUCCCAGAGGCUUCAGCGCUGGGGCUGAUCCUGGCUGACUCGGACGAAGCCACAGGGAAGGUGAACCUGGGGCGGCUGAUUCAGAGCUGGAACCGUUUCAUCCUUACUCAGCUGCACCAGGAAACCCAGGAGCAGGAGGGACCGCAGGCGUAUCGGGGGGCUGGCAGCAGCAGCUUUGGGUCCUCGGGGGACUCGGUUAUCGGGCAGCUGUUCAGCUGCGAGAUGGAGAACUGCAGCAUGUGUCGCUGCGGCAAGGAAACCGUCCGCGUGUCCUCCACGCUGCUCUUCACCCUCUCCUACCCUGAGAGCACUGAAAAGCCGGUCAAAGAUUAUGAGUUUGCCCAAAUUUUAAAGCGAAGCAUCUGCUUGGAGCAGAACACGCAAGCCUGGUGCGAGAACUGUGAGAAGUACCAGCCCACGGUCCAGACCCGGAACAUCCGCUGCCUGCCGGACGUCCUGGUCAUUAACUGUGAGGUGAACAGCUCCAAGGAGGCAGAUUUCUGGAAGACACAGGCUGAGUAUGCCUUUCAGAGAGCCAUGAUGAAGAGAGGAGGCUUUGAGAUCACCAAAGGCAAAGAAAUCUCUCUGGGAGAGUGGAAGGAGCUGGGGAACCCCGACACGGGGCAUUCGUAUCCUUCCGUGGAGGAACUGAAGAACAUUUGGAUCCCCCAUGCCAUCAAGAUGAGGCUCACCAAGAGCAAGGAGCUAGAUGUCUGCAACUGGAGUGAGAACGAUGAGCUGAGCCCGACUGACGACCCCGAGUCGGUCUAUGUCUACGAUCUAAUGGCGACCGUCGUCCACAUCCUGGAUUCGCGCACGGGGGGCAGCCUGGUGGGGCACAUCAAAGUGGGAGAGACCUACCACCAAAGGAAGGAGGGAGUCACACACCAGCAGUGGUACCUCUUCAACGACUUCCUCAUCGAGCCUGUGGAUAAGUGCGAGGCGGUGCAGUUCGACAUGAGCUGGAAGGUGCCGGCUAUCCUGUACUACGCCCGGAGGAACCUCAACGCCAAGUACAACCUCGUCAUCAAGAACCCCAUCGAAGCCAGCGUGCUGCUGGCAGAGGCCUCCCUGGCUCGCAAGCAGCGCAAGUGCCACGCCACCUUCAUCCCCCUCAUGUUGAGCGAGAUGCCGCAGGCGGGCGACCUGGUGGGGCUGGAUGCCGAGUUUGUCACGCUGAACGAGGAGGAGGCUGAGCUGCGCAGCGACGGGACCAAAUCCACCAUCAAGCCCAGCCAGAUGUCGGUGGCCAGGAUCACGUGCGUGCGCGGGCAGGGCCCUAACGAGGGCGUCCCCUUCAUCGACGACUAUAUCUCCACCCAAGAGCAGGUGGUGGAUUACCUGACCCAGUACUCUGGGAUCAAGCCGGGAGACCUGGACGCCAAGAUCUCCUCCAAGCACCUCACCACUCUCAAAUCCACCUACCUGAAGCUGCGCUUCCUCAUCGACGUGGGAGUCAAGUUCGUGGGCCACGGGCUGCAGAAGGACUUCCGUGUCAUCAACCUGAUGGUGCCCAAGGACCAGGUGAUCGACACCGUCUACCUCUUCCACAUCCCGAGGAAGAGGAUGAUUUCCCUGCGCUUCCUCGCCUGGUACUUCCUGGACCUGAAGAUCCAGAGCGAGACCCACGACAGCAUCGAGGACGCCCGCACGGCCCUGCAGCUCUACCGCAAGUACCUGGAGCUGAGCCCGCAGGGCGCCGAGCCCGAGGACUUCCGCAAGGUGCUCAAGGGCCUCUACGAGAAGGGCCGCAAGAUGGACUGGAAGGUGCCCGAGCCCGACAGCCAGACGUGCCGGGCGCUGGUGGACGAGCUGGAGUGGGAGAUAGCCCAGGUUGACCCCAGGAAAACCAUCCAGAUGGGCUCCUUCCGGAUCAACCCCGACGGCAGCCAGUCGGUCGUGGAGGUGCCCUACGCCCGGUCGGAGGCACAUCUGACGGAGCUGCUGGAGCGGGUGUGCGAGAAGAUGAAGGAAUACGGGGAAAAAGUGGAUCCGUCCACGCACCGUAAGAGUUACAUCCGGGUGAUCUCCCACGACGGGACCAAGAUGGACCUCUCUGGGGUCAAAAUUGACGGAGACGUGGCUUCUAGCCUGAAGUUUGCGGUGCGUGCGGGGACUGGGUCCUUGUGGCGGCUGUCAGGUCUCAGCGCAGGUUUUGGGUGGCGGCACCCGCUGUGUUGGGCGGCUGCGGCCCUUCUAGGGACGCAGAAUGCGCCGUGUGUCCUCUUCGCCGCCCGUCACGCCAGCGCCGCCACGAACCUGAAAGAUGUCCUCGCCAGCCUGAUCCCCAAGGAGCAGGCGAAAAUCAAGAGCUUCAGGCAGCAGCAUGGCAGCACGGCCAUCGGGCAGAUCACGGUGGACAUGGUGUACGGCGGGAUGAGGGGCAUGAAGGGGCUGGUAUACGAGACCUCCGUGCUGGAUCCUGAUGAGGGCAUCCGCUUCCGUGGGUACAGCAUCCCCGAGUGCCAGAAGCUGCUGCCCAAGGCUGCGGGGGGAGAGGAGCCGCUGCCCGAGGGGCUCUUCUGGCUGCUGGUGACGGGAGAGGUGCCCACCCAGGAGCAGGUGAGCUGGCUGUCCCGCGAGUGGGCCCGCCGCGCCGCGCUGCCCUCCCACGUGGUGACCAUGCUGGACAACUUCCCCACCAACCUGCACCCCAUGUCCCAGCUGAGCGCCGCCAUCACCGCCCUCAACAGCGAGAGCAAGUUUGCUCGCGCCUACGCCGAGGGCAUCCACCGCGUCAAGUACUGGGAGUUUGUCUACGAGGACGCUAUGGACCUGAUCGCCAAGCUGCCUUGCGUCGCCGCCAAGAUCUACCGCAACCUGUACCGCGAGGGCAGCAGCAUCGGGGCCAUCGACCCCAACCUCGACUGGUCCCACAACUUCACCAACAUGCUGGGCUACACCGACCCCCAGUUCAUCGAGCUGAUGCGGCUCUACCUCACCAUCCACAGCGACCACGAGGGGGGAAACGUGAGCGCCCACACCAGCCACCUGGUCGGCAGCGCCCUCUCCGACCCGUACCUCGCCUUCGCCGCCGCCAUGAACGGGCUGGCCGGGCCCCUGCACGGCCUCGCCAACCAGGAGGUGCUGCUCUGGCUGACCAACCUGCAGAAGGAGCUGGGCCAGGAGGUGUCGGAUGAGAAGCUGCGGGAUUUCAUCUGGAACACGCUCAACUCGGGCAGGGUGGUGCCGGGCUACGGGCAUGCGGUGCUGCGGAAGACGGACCCCCGCUACAGCUGCCAGCGGGAGUUCGCCCUCAAACACCUGCCCAAGGACCCCAUGUUCAAGCUGGUGGCCCAGCUCUACAAGAUCGUCCCCAACGUGCUGCUGGAGCAGGGCAAGGCCAAGAACCCCUGGCCCAACGUGGACGCCCACAGCGGGGUGCUGCUGCAGUAUUACGGGAUGAAGGAGAUGAACUACUACACGGUGCUCUUCGGGGUCUCCCGGGCCCUGGGCGUCCUCUCGCAGCUCAUCUGGAGCCGGGCGCUGGGCUUCCCCCUGGAGAGACCCAAGUCCAUGAGCACGAAGGGCCUCAUGCAGCUCGUGGGCUACAAAUCUGGGUAA